GUCAGAUGUCAUCAAUAAUAAUGUCAAGUCAAUAAAUAAAUUCUUUUUUGUCGAAAGGUUUUGAUGUCGUGUUAAAUUGCAAAAUACGAAAACAAGGUGAAAUUCCUAAAAGCUUUUGAAUAAAUAAUAAAAUAUACUAAGUAUUUAAACAAAGUUAUAAGCAGUUUUAACUUAUAUAUUAUAUUUAUUGUGGUUUGGUGAUAGACAGCUGGCUUGUGGGAUUUAGUGCAAUACUGCUAAUAAAGCUAAAGUUCCAGGAUAGCUCAUAAUGUCUGAUGAUGCUGAACAGCAGUCUGAGGAGAUAGAAGUCCUGAAAUCAAUUUAUGAAGGUGAUGAUAACUUCAAACAAGUUGACUCAAAAACUUAUCAAUAUAAGUACUUUGAUGGAGACAAAUCAUUUGUUCUGGAGAUUUCAUGGGGGCCAACAUACCCAACAGAAAAACCAAACUUUAAUUUGGAUAUCUUCUACAACCAGUCCUUAUUACAACCAGUUAAAGAAAAAAUAUUAAGUAUAGUUGAUGCAGAGGCAGAGCAAUGGCUUGGCUGUGCAAUGACUUACACCCUCUUUGAGUGCUUGAAGGAGAGGCUGGCAGAGAUCCUCGCUGACCAGACUGAAGAGGUGGUUGUGGCUGCCAGAGUAGAGAAAAUUGUUAUUGAUGACCAGACUGAACAAAAGAAACCAGUAGAAAAGAAGGAGCAGUUAACGAAAGCUCAGAAAAGGAGAGCGUGGGAUAAAGCAGAGAUCGGCAGGGCAGGCGAAAAGCCUCGUGGUUGGGACUGGGUGGACAUAGUCAAGCAUUUAUCUCAAGUACCUCACACGCCGGCGUCAUGACACUCAUUCCUAUGAACAUGGAAUCACGCUGCCAAGAAACUUAUAGGUAUGGCUGGAGGCUAGCGU